AUGGCGGAGGCCACUCGAAGCUAUGAGAUGGGUUCGCCGACCCGUGACAACGACAGAAGUGUUCUGUUGCAGGAGGAACAGCCCGUGCACGACCCACCGCCGGUGAAAUCACUUCUCCUGGCCUUCCUCAUCAUGUUCCAAGGUUACGGUGUCAUGAAUGGCAACCCUCAGCACGCUUUGAAGAUGAAGCUUGACCUGGCACCCGAUCAAGCUGGUGCUUUCCAAGAUGCUACUGCAUCCUUUCAGCUCUCCAAGCUUCUGAUGCGGGUUCUGCAGAUCUCCCUGCUGGUCUUCAUGCAGCCAAACGGCAUUGUCUAUCUAUCCUACGUCGUUAUGUUUGUGGCUGUGCUGGUCCCGGUCUUCCUUGUCUGGUGUGCUGACAUGACGGACCUGUCCGUCGUGUACCUGCAGUACACCCUGGGAGGCAUUGCCAUCGGACUCUUUGAGGGCACAUUCCUGAGCGUGAUCAGCGUACUUGGUAAAAACACCAAAACCUUCGCCAUCAUGGGAGCUCCUCUGGGCUUUGCCGUGCAUAAUAUCCUGCUGGGGACCUUCCAGCAGUGGGGCAUGCCUGUGGUAGUUUACUACGUCUACUCGGCCAUUUGUCUGCCCUUCGCCAUGGUCAUCUUUUACUACAAGGCUCCACCUGCGGAGGCCAACUCGCAGGGCAAAGGCUGCCAGGUGUUCCUUCGCUCGCUCCAGCAGCCCAAGGAGUGGCUCCCUGCGAUGAUACCAUGGUUUAUUGCCAAGUUUCUGGGCAACUUUGUCAUGGAGGAUGCUUUCCCUUUGCUCUUCAACACCUUCAACACGGCUCGGGUCCCCAUCUUUGGCCCGGACAGCACCAGCCCCACCAUCCCCUUUCAGUACUACACGGCCUGGUACUGGUUCGUCCUCAUGGCCCUGGGUGACACACUAAGUCGGCGAGUGCCGCAGUACCUCUCGCUUUCAAGCUGGCAGAGCUGGGCGUGUUGGAUCGUGGUGUCCAUCAUUCUUUGCAUCGGAGGAGAAGCCCUGAACUUCCUGCUGCUUGCCAUUGUCACUGGCAUUGCUGCCUUUCUUGCGUACUUCGGAAACGGAUUGAUCUAUGGCUUGUCCGCAAAGUUCAUUGAUGCACACAUUCCGGCGCAGCACCGCUAUACCGCCUACAACUUGUGGUGUUUUUGCGGUGAUCUGGGUGGCUAUGCUGGCCAGAGCAGCUUGUCUGUCCACAUUGCCAAGCAAGUGUGCGAGGGCAGGCACUACACGUAUGUUUGCCAUCAGAAGGCCUUCUCUUGGGACACUGCAAGGGAGUGGCCGGGGAUGGACUGGCCUUCGCGAUUCUUCUGA